UAACCUUUUCUUUCAUGCUAUGUCUGCCGAGGCCAUGACCAUAACCGGUCACAUGUAGUGUGCCACUUGUUCAAGUCAGAUAUGGUGAUCAACCAGAACAGUUGGUGCGGGAGGCAUGAAGAACACGUGAUAUAUCACUCCACUCUGCCUUUUUUCCCUCGUACGUAAUAUUUGAGGUACCUACGCGCCUGCCCUUUGUGUGUGGAGUUAAAUGCCCUGGAAAUUUUAAGAAUCUCUUUUGGGUGAGACGGAGUUAAUUGGGGGGAAAUUUUAACAGAGUGAGUACCUAUCCGGUCAAUUCGCGCCACUUUUUCAUUCUCAUCAUCCAUCCUUUUCUUUACCGGAUACUGCUUUUCUCACAUCUCACGGCCUUUGUAGGCUGUGAAUUGUGACAUGAAAAGCAACCAAAAAAACAAUGUCUUUAAAUAGCGGAUCUCAAUCCGUUACAGUUUUGGAUAUCGAUGCAGAGAUGAAACAAACGGAUAUUCAACAACCAAGACAAAUAUCAAGAAGAAAUAAAACAAUUGCUGCUAUUUCAAGUGCUGCUGCUACUUCACUCUUGAUGACACCGUUUGAUGUGAUAAAAACUCGUAUGCAAACACAGGCGCCACCUGAACCUCUAUUUCAACCUUCUAUAGGAUCUGGAUCGGGUACUUCAUGUUGUCAAACAAAACAGAUCGUAAGUCAAGAAGGAGUGGCUUGCAGGUAUGAUCCACGAGUGGAGGGCACAAAAGCAGGAUCAUCUCGGAUACCAUCCUCACGAACAUCGGCACCCUUCAGCAGUGCAGGAUCUGGGUCAAGUAGACCACGGGUUGUACAACAAAGUGCACGCACUUCCGCAAAUCAUAUGUCAGGCGCAGCAUGCAUCUAUCCCGACAAGAAUGUAGCCGCUCGUGAGCUGAAACAGAUCCAGAAUCACAACCGGCUAAGCGGUCUUUGGGAUGGUGUGAUAAAAGUAGGAAGAUCGGAAGGGAUACGAGGAUUGUGGAGAGGUCUUACACCAACGCUGGUCAUGACUGUACCCUCACAAUUGACAUACAUGACUUGCUACGACCUGUUCCGAACGAAUAUCCUCGCUCUUCGACCGCCAGCAACAACUUCAAGUUCACCUUCGCUCUCGAAUGUGUCCGGCUAUCACAUGAUGGCCUCUUUGACCUCUGGUGCAUUGGCAAGAAGUAUAAGCGCCACCCUUGUAACCCCACUGGAACUAAUACGAACUCGAUUACAGGCAUCAUCCACUUCGCACAAGCUUUCGACUACGUUUGCCAACCUUCGUGUAGAGGUAAUGAAUAAAGGACCUCGGGUUCUCUUCAGAGGUUUGGUACCUACUCUUUAUCGUGAUGUGCCAUUCAGCGCAAUCUACUUUACGGGCUAUGAAAGCAUGAAACUUGUUUUGAGCGGUGCAGGAUUUGGUGAACGUAGGGAUGAUAGUUUGAGAAGACAAGAUUUUGCUGUGGCUUUUUUGAGUGGAGCAACGAGUGGUUUUGUCGCGGCAAUUUUCACUCAACCGUUUGAUGUGAUCAAAACUCGAUUACAAGCAUUUGAACAUCAGACUACGGGCCGAUCUAAUGCAAAUGUUCCAAAGACUACAAUGCAAGUUUGGAGACAGAUCAUGCAAACGGAAGGCGCAAAAGGUCUCAUGCGUGGAGUAUCACCAAGAGUGGCCAAAGUUGCACCUGCAUGCGGUGUGAUGAUCUCAUGCUUUGAAUUGGUUGCUAGAGGGCUAGAUGAGUAUUGCUAAGAGCAUCUAACAAAACAAAUUGUACAAUAAUUGCAUUCAGAUAUCCAAAAAUAAAUAUAUAAUUACAAGUGCGCAUUCAAUGCUUAACUGCAGAAGAGAAAGGAUGAUAAGUUUGUAGGUCGGCAGGAACGGCGUAUGUUUCCCCUACGAGACUUUUUACAGCCACACAAAGCCUAUCCAAAUGAACCGUAAUUCCAAAAGCAACAGA